UGUGAUAUCGAGAAAGCGGUGAUCAAACUGACAUGCUGCGCGGACCCUGCACCAUGGAAUGAUCUCUUGCAUGCCAAGGAAGACCACAGUCGUGCCAUGAAGGAAGCCUUGCUGAAGUAUGUGCCGUUCGUUCCCGUCCUCGACAAUCUAACAGACGCUGCAAGUGCGUUUGCACAACGGUAUCCAGCCUUGGCGAUCGACUUGUGGGCAUCGCUGCUGGUCUUUGAACACCCGCACGCGAACACGUCCGAGUUGCGAAAUUGGGUGCUUCACAUACUCAACUUGACAGGCGUGGCGUCUAUGCCUCUCGAUGCAUCGCAGGUGCAAACUCUUGUGGAUGCAUGCGUCCAGGCGUUGCCGACCACACGGCGCCGUCAUGUUGCCAAGCGGAUACAUGCCUUCCAAGCGACACUAGCUGAUGCAUUUCAGUACGAGCAAGCUGAUGGAACGUCGUCGGACGUGUUGGUGUACCUCGAUCACUUGGCGAUGAAUGUUGGGAGCCAUGCAGCGAAGGGCCUUGCGUGCUCCGUAGAAUUCAUGCUGCGGUGGCCGCCAUCGUCGGCCCCAGCUGCGUGGAAAAUCGAUCGGCACGUUGUGCAUCGCAUCAAACUGCUCGCGUCCAUGUACCCUGAGCUGUUCCAGUCCAUGCUGCAGCACUGGAUGGGGCUGCAGUAUAUUUCCGUGCACGAGUUCAAUCAUGUGUUCCGACACAGUCGGGAAUUCGAAGCUAUUCUCGGCACCGUGACAAGUCGGCACGCAGUGACGCUCCAUCGCCUAACCACCAGCGCUGUGUUUUGGCGCACGCAGUGCGCCACUGGCGACGUACAUUUCAUCCAAACCAAGCGAACUGAAGCCUCGUCCGAGGUCGGACCAUUCGCCUCGGUAUGGCCCGCCUCGUUAACUCUGGAGCCCCAAGUUGUAGACGCCUUGCUGGAAGAGUUUGACGUCGCUCUGAAGCACGCUCCGCGCUAUGCGUUUGGGCCUGUCGCGUUGGGGCUUUGGGCAUUGCUGGGUCACAUGAACGGGAACCUUGCAGAGUAUCGCGGCCAAGCUGCUGCCGCCACCCGACUCUUCCUUGUGUCGACGCUGGAUCCGAUGGCGUGCAAAAUCGAGUCGGAGAAACUUUUUGUCGUUGUGGCGUUGAUGAUGGAAAGCCGAUGGGCGACGUGGGCGAUGUGGACUCCGGGGUUGACAAAGCGGGCGGUUGAGUUUUUGGCAAAAACGAUUCCCGAAAGUCCAUCCAAGGAAGCCAAGUGGGCCGCGCACAUGAUGCUCCAGCAUUUUGUGCUGGACAGCAUCGUCGUUCAAGAUAUUCAAGCCGACGUAUUACCCCCGGGCGCACGACGAAUCCUUCAGUGUCGGAGGGAGGGCACCCAUCCAGUAGAUCCAGAGUCGAGGGACGGUGACGACGAGUAGAGAAAAGGACGCGUACAAGUUUCGCACUGCCUUGAGUGCAUUCGUCGUUCGCAUGCGACUGAAGGGAAAUCGUCCGAAGCAUUUGCAUCUCGAGUUUUAUGGCACUUCGAUUGUUGAAAUACGUUUUUCGCCGAAACAAUGUGCAUGGCUUUGCCUCCGAGAUGAC